AAAAAUUUGUUCGAGGAAUUAUCCAUAUGUUAUCCAAUAGUUGAUCAGGUCUCUAGUCAAAUUUCAAAAAGAAGAUAAUACAUUCAAAUCUCAAAUUGUUUUUGAGACCCCCUCUAUUUCUGUAACUAUGUGUCCUCGAUAUUUGUAUACACUUACUAAGUUCAACCUGGGAACAUUCAAAUUAUGCAAUUGAAAUCAAUUUUGAUAAGAUAAAAAAACCUUACAUUGUUUAUUUCAAGGGUUAGCAAUAAAUAUUAGUUAUCAGAAGAUUAUUAUAACUCACACUAAUCGAGAUAGCUACCUAGUUAAAAACAGUUUAGAAGUGUUUAAAAAUCUUAAUCUUAUGUUCUCUAUCAGUACUCGUAUAACAACAAGCGUGCAACUGUUUCCUUACCUGCAGUUCCGAGUGAAACUUUCUGAAUUUGUAUAGAAAUCAAAAUGAGUAUCAGACAACUUAGUACUGAAUUAGCAAAGAAUGCUGAAGAUAUCUUAGGAGAAAGGCCGGAUAACCUUUUGGAGGACAUAAAAGCUAUCCGAUCUUGGAUAGAAAAACAACCAUAUUUGAUAGCCCGUGAUGAUGAACAAUUUAUUGUUACCUUUCUUCGAGUUUGUAAAUUCCGACUUGAAGAAACCAAACGAAGAAUUGAAGCAUAUUUAACGUGUAAGCAAUUUUACUCGGAAUUGUUUAGAAUUCGUCCAGUUGAUUGGAAGGUCUUGGACAUAGUUCGAAGUGGAUUUUCAUGUGCCCUUCCCGAACCAAAUCCAAAUAAUGGCGCAAGGAUUAUCAUUUCACAAUUCGCUCACUUCAACCCUCAAAAACAUAAACUGCGUGAUUUUUUCAAGGUUAAUUUUAUGUUAUUUGAAAUAAUGGCUUUUGAAGACGACGUCACUGGUGUUAACGGUUUGGAGCAGGUCAUAGAUCUGAAGAAUUGUACUUUCCAACAGACUCUUCACUUUGAUCCGAUGGAUUUGAAGAAGAUCUAUCACUACCAAGAGCAGUGUGUUCCAGUUCGUCUGCUUAGGAUUCAUAUAAUUAAUUUGAGACGAGAAUUGCAAGCUGCUUAUAAACUUGCUAAUGGAAUUCUGCCAGCGGAUAUUCCAUUUGAGAUUCUAUUGCAUGAAAAAGAAGAAGACUUAUACAAUUUUAUACCUCUUGAGUCUCUUACUGAUGAGUAUGGUGGCAAAAACGGAACCAAACAAGAAUUAAUUCAAGAGACUGAGAAAAUCUUUCAAGAUCAUGUGGAAUAUUUUGAAAAAGAUGCUCUCCUCGGAACAAAUGAAAAACUUCGACACGAAUCCCAGAAUUUCAAUCUUCAAACUGAUUUUGGAGUCGAUGGAAGUUUUAGAAAAUUAGAAGUAGACUGAAAAAGUUUUUAUAAUUUAUUCUUUUUUAUUUAAUUCAGAGAAUUAACUUAAGAUUUAUACAUAAAUAUUUUUGUAUUUAUACAUUAAUUUUAUAUUCUAUGGAAAAUUUUAUUCUUAUUCAAAUAGUUUACUUAAACUCUAAAAAUGUUAAGG